AUGUUUGCUCGCUUAAGAAAGCUAGAAGACGAUGAUUGGCCCCCAUCAUCAUUUGAAGUGAUGUUCACCUUAUUUACAAAACUUGCAGAACCUCAGUCCGAUGGAACUCAAAUUUGUUUGACGACUUCUAACCGAUGGAUGAAACUGGCAAAUGUUUUGGAUGGUAAAGUAUUGAGAGAAACGGACACUGGAAGAGCUUUUUUCAAAUUCAAGAGAAGAGCUAUCUCCUUCGACAACUACUUACUUUUUCUUCAAGAUAUUUGCGAAAAAAAGAGACUGAACAUAAAUGAAAUUAAGGAGAAGAUGAAAAAUUGCCCUGAUCCCAGAAAAGUUGCUGUGAGAGACGAGACAUCUGAUAUAGUGGCCAAAGUAAGGGGAAUCGAGCCGGAGCAAGCAACCAAAUCGUACCAAAUGGGAGCGCGUAGAGCGUUGAUUAUUGCAAAGCUCAAAUCUCAAGAAAUCGGCUUCAAGAAAAAAUAGAGGAGAUAAAUAGAGUGACACCUUACGUAAAGGAGAAGGAAUAAGGAAUUAUGGAAAGAAGCUUCUCCGAAAGGGAAGAGAAACAAGAAGAAUUACAAGGGAUUUACGGGCAGAGCACACGAAUGCAGUCCAGCUGUAUUUUGAUGCUCCACGGCUUUCUGAGAGCGCAGAUUGUGGGGCCGCGAAGAUUCCUAGAGGGCAGACAAAGAACAUUCUAUCAGCAGUAGAUUAUCUUCAAAACAGAAAUUUUAAAUAGU